AUGGACAGUCGAAAGCUCGCCGCUGAGUCGUCGUGUUGUAUUUAUUUUUUAAUUAAUAUAUUUUAUUUAUUAAAUAUGAAAGUGAUAUUUUUCAUCUUCGCCUUCGUGGCUUGCACCUCUGCUGGGAGCUUACCGUCAUUCAUCCAUCCCUGCUCAGCAUCAGACAAGAAUCUGAACGAAUGUAUUCAGAAUGUGAUUGCUGUCGCGGGGCCUAAGUUCGCAGAUGGCAUCCCAGAGCUGGGCAUCGCUCCCUUGGACCCUGUCCAGCUUAGAACAGUACAAGUUAACAACCCAGCCUUGAAGAUCACCUUCACUGACACCGUAGUUACUGGACUGAGGGGGUUCAGGGUUAACUCUUAUAAAAUCAAUCCGGACAAGGGCAAAGCGUCCCUGGACUUCACGGCCAACGUCACCCUCAAAGCCCACUACGACAUGGAUGGCCAGAUCCUCAUACUGCCCAUCAAGGGCAACGGAAACGCCAAGAUUAAAAUCACAAACCUGAACAUCUUAGUGAAAUACGACUUCGACACAGUGGACGGGCACUGGAUAGUGACCAACCACAAGGACUCUUACAAGAUGGACCACGCGCAGUUCAAGUUCACCAAUCUCUUCAACGGCAACAAGGAACUUUCUCAAACGACAGAAAAAUUCACAAACGAAAACUGGGAGAUCAUCAUGCAGGAGAUCGCACCGCCUGCCAUCAAGCAAAUCAUCAAGAGCUGUAUUGACGUUGUUCAAAAGUUAUUCGGGGCUGUUCCAGCCAACGAAUUAAUAACUCAAUAAAUGGUGAAACACUACACACAGUAAUAAAUACAAAUUGGGAGCCUGUGAUAAAAGACAUAGCGCCUGUUGCCUUCGAACAAAUCAUCCAAGCAUGCGUCGACGAAGCGAAGAAACUCUUUGCUGCUAUUCCCGCUAACCAACUGCUACUACCAUGAAAAUAGCAGUUACUUUGCUAUAAUGCAAUUGGAAUACACAUUUAAUAUUUUUGUUGUCAGCCACAUGGAACUUAAACAUUAACUUAGAUAUGUAAUGAAAUAAUGCAAUUUUUAUGAAAUUAUUGUUUUCUCUAUUAAUAUUUAUUCUCAAUAUUGUGUUCUGAUAAUGUAAUUACUCACCUAUUUUUAAAUAUUUCCUUUUUUCUAUGUGACUAAAUUGGAACAAUGUAAAUUUUAGUAAUCAAAUUUAUUUUUAUAAGUCUUGUCUUUUCCACAAAGCAUUUCAUUCUUUCUACAUGACUUGCCACUUGUAUUAGUUUCAAAAAUAUGUAUGUUUUUGGUGAUUUAUUUGCAGGCACAAAUAAUGUAAUUUUAAUAUUUAGAUAUUAGAAAAUUGUGAUAAUGUUUGUAAGUUAGUUUUUAGAUAAAUUAUAAAAAAGAAAAA